AUGCGGUUCGCCUCGAAUGUGCAUUCGACUACAGCACGCUCGACGUCGAAUGCGACCCUCACAAGGACUGGAACAUACAUUGCUGCUGCUAGCAUUAUUACUGGAACCGGUACCUGGUGGCUGACAAGUGCCUCCAAAGACUCGCCAAGUCCAAAGUCAGUAAAGCACAAAGCCACAAAAUUUGGUCUCUCGAAGGACGAAGUUACCGAACUGCUGUGGCAGGAGGCAUAUAUUGUCAAGACAUCUUCGACCGUGGAGAGGUAUGACGGAGCUCGGCUAGCCUCGAACAGUCCGUGCGAAGACAGAUUUACGCAUGGUCAACUUUCUGUAUCCUCUGGUGAGCCAUGGAUGGCAUGGGCUGUGUUUGAUGGACACGCGGGCUCGCAAACGGCGGACUUGCUAGAGAGACAGCUUUUGCCUUUGAUACAGGAACGUCUGAGCCAAUUCGAUGCACAAUCAAUUGUGUCAGAUGCAGACUCGGUCCAAGACGUUAUCACGAAGGCUUUCAUGGACUUUGACGAUUCGCUUAUCAGGACAGCCGAGAAGACAGCACAAAGCGACAUGCCACUGCAUGAGAUGAUGCCUGCCUUUGCUGGUUCGUGUGCUUUACUAUCGUUGUAUGAUCCUGCUUCAAGGAGACUGCAUGUGGCAUGCACAGGAGACUCUCGAGCAGUACUCGGACAACAGAAGGCCGAUGGUACUUGGGAAGCGAUCCCUCUGUCAAUUGACCACACAGGCAGCAACGAAUCCGAGAUCGCAAGGCUUCAUCAAGAGCAUCCCGGAGAAGAAGAGAUAGUCAAGGGUGGUCGUGUGCUAGGUCUCAUGGUAUCUCGAGCAUUUGGCGACGGUCGAUGGAAAUGGCCUGGAGACUUGCAGGGUGAGUUCGUACGCAGAUUCCACGCUCCGGCACUUCGAGCAGCAUUGAAGGACAACACCAAAACGCCACCAUAUAUUACUGCUGAGCCCAUCAUCACGACCACUGUCAUUGAUCCGAAGAAGCCUUCCUUCUUGAUUUUGGGGACAGACGGUCUAUGGGACAAUCUUACGAAUAAGCAAGCCGUAAACUUGGUUGGCAGAUGGUUGGAACAACCUCAAGCGAAUGCGACAGUGCACAGCAAGCCAGAGCAAACUCGUGUGCCGUUCGACUUUGGUAGUGAUGUAAAGUGGGAGUUCGAAGAAGGGAGAACAACAAUACAAGACAACAAUGCAGCCGUACACCUGAUGCGAAACUCAUUGGGCGGAAACGAUCACGAACUGAUAGCAGCUCGACUCGCAACCAGCACGCCAUUCUCACGGGAGGUGAGAGAUGACAUAACCGUUCAAGUAGCUUUCUUCAAUUGCACAGCUUCACAGUAA